AUGCGCGUCACCGUGAUCCCGGAGGACGAUGCGCUCACGCCCGUCCAGUUCAGCUUCAACGCCAAGUGGCAGCUCAAGCAGGUCGCCGCCGUCGCCGAAGCCUUCCGCAAGAAGCAGGGCCUGGCGCUGCCCGUCGUCCUCCUCCGGAUCACGACGCGCCGGCCCGUGGACCUGAACGCCACGGUCAACGAGGCGCUCUGCGAGGGGGAGCACCUGCUCGCCGUCGUCCCCAGCAUCCCCGGCGCCGCGCCGGCCCGAGCCGCGGCGGCGACGAAGAAAAAGAAGAAGACCAAGGCCGAGGCGGUCGCCCCGCCGCCGCCGCCGGAGACGCGUCCGCCCGCGGACGUCCCCGCAGCUCACGACGAGACGCCCGCUGCUCCGACGGCCGCCGCGGAGGCCGCUCCGACGGCCGCCGCGGAGGCCGCUCCGACGGCAGCCGCGGAGGCCGCUCCGACGGCCAGCGCCGCGUCCGAGGCCGCGUCGUCAUCGAAGCCCAAGGCCACAGCAGCACCGAAGUCCAAGUCGAAGCCCGCGAAGUCGCCGAAGCCCGCGGCCGCGAAGCCGCCGAAGCCCGAGCCCGCGGCGUCGCCGAAGCCCGCGCCCGCGCCGAAGCCCGCGGCGCCGGCGCCGGGGCCCGCGGCGGCCGCGGCGCCGGCGCCGUCGGCGCGCGCGCUCGCGGACGAGGGCGUGCGGCGCUUCGCGCGCAAGGACUACGCGGGCGCCGUGGCGUCGCUCGGCGCGGCGCUCGCGGCGGGCGCGGCGGGCGCGGCGCGGCUCGAGUGCCUCGUGAACCGCGCCGCGUGCCACGCCAAGCUCCGGCGCUGGGCCGACGUCGUCGCCGACUGCGGCGCGGUCAUCGCCGCGGGCGAGGCCGGCGGCGGCGCGCCGCGGCCGAGCGAGCUCAAGUGCCUGCUCUGGCGGGGCGCCGCGGCGUGCGAGCUCGGCGACUUCGCGCGCGCGCGCCGCGACGGCGAGGCCGCGCUGCGCCUCUCCUACGGCGAGUCCGAGGCCGCGGCGCGGCUGCUCGAGCGCGUCGCCGCGGCGGACCCCGCGGCCUGCGUCUGCGCGUGCGGCGCGACGUUCGGGAGCCACGCGCUCCUCUUCCGGCACGCGCUCGAGCGGCGCCACGACGUCUUCGUCUGCGACGAGUGCGGCGACACGUUCCGCACCGUCGGCGACCUCGAGGCCCACGCGCGGGCCGAGGGCCACGAGCUCCUGGACCCGCGCGACGCCGCGAUGGGGCCCGAGGGCUACGACGUGGGGCGGCCGCUCGUCUGCCCCGUCUGCGGCGCCGAAUUCGACGACGAGCGCGACGCGCUCGCGCACGUCGAGGCCACGGGCCACGGCGCGGACGACUUCUUCGGCGCGUUCGCGGGCGGGCCCCUCGACGGCUUCCCCGGCGGCUUCGCCCCGGGCUUCGACGACCGCUUCCCGCCGGGCUUCGACGACGAGCCGCCCGAGGGCGCCUUCGACCCCUUCGACGCGGACGCGUGGCGCGGCGGCGGCGACGGCGACCUCCGGUGCCCGCGGUGCGCCUGGGCCGCGCCGAACCUCGCGGAGCUCGACGUCCACUGCGAGCGCCUCGGCCACGCGCCCCACGCGUGCCCCUACUGCGCGCUCCGCUUCGACUCGCGCGCCGAGCUCGAGGACCACUGCGGCGGGCCCUGCGGCGCCGCGCUCGCCGCGGGCGACCGGCGGCCGCCGCCCCACGCCUGCGACUGCGGCCGCGCGUUCUGCUCCGCGGCCGCGCUGCGGGACCACCGCCGCGAGGAGUCCGGCGGCGGCGACGAGCCCUGGUACUGCCCGACCUGCGACCGGCCCUUCUCCUCGGAAGCCGCGCUUUUGGAACACUGCGGCGGCGAGUCGCCCGAGCCCGGCGCGGAGCCCAAGUUCUGCUCCUGCGGCGUCGCCUUCUGCAGCGACGCCGCGCUCGAAAAGCACCAAGCGGACACGGGCCACCGCGCGGCCGACGGCGCCGCGCCCGCGUCGCCCGCGGCGCUGCGGCGGCUCAAGGACGACCACGUCAAGGCGACGGAGCGCCGCGCGCGGCCGGGCGAGACCUGCUCCAUCUGCAUGGAGCCGCUCCACGCCAAGGUCGAAGUCCAGGCCCUCCCGAACUGCGUCCACCUCUUCCACCCCAAGUGCGCCGCGCGCUGGUUCAAGCGCGCGGCCGCGUGUCCGGUCUGCCGCGCGACGGUCGAGCCGCCGGCGCCGGAGCCCGAGCCCGAGCGCGUCUACCCGCGCGCGCCGGACAUGCCGCCCCUGCGCCUCUACCCGGAGCCGGCGGAGCCCAGCGACCGCGACCUCAUCGACGCGCAGGACGCGGCCUUCGACACGGCGCUCGCCGCGGACCGCGACGCCGCCGCCGCGGAAACGCCGGCGGACGACGCGGGGAGCGCCGCCGAAACGGCGGCGGCGGACGACGCGGGGAGCGCCGCCGCCGCGCCGCCGCCGACGAAGGACGAGCUCCGCGAGCGCCGCCUCAAGUUCUUCGGCGUCGCGGCGCACAUCCUGGUCUUCUUCCUCGCCAUCGGCGCGGGCCGCUACGCGCGCCUGCGCGAGGCGUCGGCGCCGCCGCUCCUCGACGGCGAGGAGUUCGUGCAGGCGCUGCUGGAGACGCCGCAGCAGCUGCUGCUCGUGGCGACGCGGCUCCAGGUCGACCGGUUCCCGCGCGGGGACGCCGACGACGCGCGGCGGACGCUCGGCGGCGCGCUCGACGUCGACGAGGCGCUCGCGGCGUCGCCGACCCUCGCGGCGCUCUGGCGGUCGCGCGAAAUGCCGGACGCGGGCGCGUUCCGCGACGGCGCGGCGGCGACCGCGCGGGCCGUCGUCGACGAGUAUUUCGUGGACCUCGUCGCCAAGUCGGCCUUCGACGGCGCGACGGCGACGGCGGCCCUCGGCUACGCCGCCUGGCUCGGCCUGCCGCGCGCCUGCGCGGCGCUCGUGGCCCGCGGCGGCGACGUCGGCUUCGCGGGCGGCCUCGGGCGGUCGCCGCUGCACGUCGCGGCCGCCCGCGGCCACGGCGACGCGCUCGCGGCGCUGCUCAGGGCCGCGCGGCGCGCGGGCGCCGAGGGCCCGCGGCGCUGGCGCGACGCGUUGGGCCUGUCGCCCAAGGCGCUCGCGGCGAAGGCGGCGCGGGGGGACGGCGACUGCGCCGUCGACGUCGUCGACGUCGACCGCUUCCCGGGGAGCCUGGAGCCCUACGUGCUGCGGGGCGCGCCGGUCCUCGUGCGCGGCCUGGGCCGCAACUGGACGGCGCGGCAACUCUGGGAUCCGGCGGUCCUGGCGACACGCGACGACGUCGACGUCCAGCCGCACCCGAUCCCGCACGGCGAGAGCUUCGGCGUCGCCGCGCCGCCCGCGCCGGCGACGCUCGGCGCCUACGUGCGGUCCUGGGCGCGGGACCCGCCGCCGUCCGCCGGCGGCCGCGCGGGGCCCGACGACGUCGCGGACCUGCCGGCCUACGUCUUCGCCGCGGGCGCGGCCGCGGCGCCGCUCUUCGAGGGCGCGGACGCGCUCGGCGAGCUGCGGAAGCUUUUGGCGCCGAGCGCCGCCGUCGACGCGCUCCUCGACGGGCUGCCGGGGCGGCUCCACGGCGCCCACGGCGGCAGCGACCAGUUCUACUGCGGGCCCGCGGGAAGCGGCGCGCCGCUCCACUACCACGAGCACGCGGUCAACUUCCUGGCCCACGGGUCCAAGACCUGGUGGCUCCUCCCGCCGGCCGACGCGGUCUACUCCGUCGCCCACCCGGCGACCUGGCGUGCGCCGCCCGCCGGCGCGCUGGCGUGCGUCCAGCGCGCGGGCGACGUGCUCUUCGCGCCCGCGAACUGGGCCCACGCGGUCCGCAACGACGAGCCGGCCGUCGGCGUUGCCGUCGAGUUCCCCGACGUCUUCAUGAUCCACCACAUGAACGCCCACAUGCUCGGCUACGACGUCGCGGGCGACCGCGGCGUCGGCGGCGACGACGACGAUCGGGGCGACGGCGACGGCGACCAGCAGGGCGGCGGCGACGACGACCCGGGCGCCGCGCUCCUCGCGGAGAUGAUCCCCGCGUAA